GGUCAGGGGCGGCCGAUCAGUCUUAUCACGAGUCGUCGAGACCGACAAGCCGAGACGGCCGCAACAUUUCUUGGAGUCUUUUGUUUCCUCCAGGUGCUUGUCUUUGCUAGACUAUUCCACGGUUUUCUUGCUAGAUUCUAUAGACAAGGACCUUCGCUUAGAGCCUGCGCCUGCUUCAAUUCUUGCCCGUUUCUACUUGGAGAAGCGAGCUGCCCCUUAUCAGUUACAUUCCAGCGUCCGGAAUCGGCACAAUGCCUUCCCACAAACGGCUAGCAGAACAGCUGCUACUACCGCUACUCGCAUCUCACAGCUGGCACCAUGCCUCUGCAUCGCCGACGUACUCCUACCAGGAGCCCGUCGCGAACGCCCAGCACUCCAAGGGCGCCGUGGCCAGCGAGAGCAGGAUAUGCUCGCAGAUCGGCGUCGACCUGAUGCGGCGUGGGGGUAACGCCGCCGACGCCAUGGUGGGCACGAACCUAUGCAUCGGUGUCGUGAGCAUGUACCACAGCGGCAUCGGCGGCGGCGGCUUCAUGCUGGUCCGCGGCGCCGACGGUAGCCACGAGGUCAUUGACUACCGCGAGACGGCCCCGGCUGCCGCCAGUGAGGACAUGUACAGGAAUAACGUGGCAGGCAGCGUCUAUGGCGGGCUCUCUGUCGGCAUCCCCGGGGAGCUUAGGGGGCUUGAGUACCUGCACAGCAAAUACGGGUCAUUGCCAUGGAGAGCAGUCGUCAACCCGUCCGUCAAAGUGGCUCGGGAUGGCUUCCCAGUCACCGAGGAUCUGGUCCGCUAUAUGGCCCAGGCCCUGAAAACUUCUCCGACCAAUUUUCUGGUUGAUGAUCCGGCAUGGGCUGAGGACUUUGCCCCGAACGGCACUUUAUUGAAGCUGGGAGACACCAUUACAAGAAAGAGAUUUGCCAAGACUCUGGAGAAGAUCGGACGGCACGGCGCAGACGCAUUUUACAAGGGCGAGAUCGCCGAAUCCAUCAUCUCCCUCAUCCGCGCCACAAACGGCACCAUGACGCUCGCCGACCUGGCGUCAUACAGCGUCACAACCCCGCCCGCCGUCAGCGUCGAGUACCGCGGCUACCGCGUCUGGUCGACGCCGUCGCCCACCAGCGGCGCCGUGUGCCUGUCCAUCCUCAAGACGAUGGAGCAGUACCCGCGCGCGGACCUGCUCGCCGACGCGAACCUCACCACGCACCGCUUCGCCGAGGCCCUCCGCUUCGGCUACGCCGCCCGCUCGCGCCUGGGCGACCCGGCCUUUGUGCCCGACGCGGCCGCGCUCGAGCGCCGCUUGCUGACCGGGUCCUUUGCCGCGUCCACCAGGCGCCGCAUCCUCGACGGCGCCACCCAGCCCGUCGAGGCGUACGGGCCCGACACCGAGCCGUCAGCCCAACACCACCACUACGCCAACCCGGGCCACGGCACCUCCCACAUCGUCACGGCCGACUCGACCGGGCUCGCCGUCACCAGCACCACGACCGUCAACCUCCUCUUCGGCGCCCACCUCAUGACGCCCGACACGGGGAUAGUGCUCAACGACGAGAUGAACGACUUCAGCAUCCCCGGCGUCCGCAACGAGUUCGGCUUCGAGCCCAGCCCGUCAAACUACGUCCGCGCCGGCAAGAGGCCCCUGUCCAGCAUCGCGCCGCUGAUAGCCGAGCACGCGUCCAACGGGUCGCUCGUCCUGGCCGUCGGCGCCGCGGGCGGGUCCCGCAUCCUCAGCAGCGCCUGCCAGGUCGCCUGGCGCGUACUUGAGCCGGGGGUGCUCGCGGGGGGCCGCAGCGGGGAGGAAGGUGCCGCCGCCGCCGCCGCCGCCGCCGCCGCCGCCGACGACGACGAUGACGACCUGGUCCGGGCCGUGGCGCGCCCGCGCAUGCACGACCAGCUCAUGCCCAACACCGUCACCUUCGAGUACCCCUUUGACAACGCCACCGUCGCCAGCAUGGCCGCCAGGGGCCACAACGUCACCUGGGUCGGGCCCAUCUACAGCGCCGUUCAGGGGAUCCAGAGGCUGUGGGACGGCACGCUGCUCCCCGCCAGUGAGGUGAGGCAGAAGAACAGUGGGGGGUUGAGUAUAUAAGCGAGAGUUCGUUCUCUUGUGCUGCUCAAAGGUGCCGUUUGGAUAUCUGCAGUCGCAUUUCCUUCCCAUGGGGUUUUCGCAUACUAGCAUCGCCGACUUGGACAACCAUGUCCCUAAACAUAGACUCACUGCUGCUGUUGUCCAUAGACAUGGCAAACUACACACGCGUGGACAAUUAAACAGUAUAUGCACCAUGCGCCGCGCUCCUUCCGUUUAUACUCUGGGAGUUUAGUGUAGAACAAAUAAAGGGGGUAUCGAGUAGUGAAAACGGGAAUGCAGAACGGCCUUGUUGCGGAUUGCAUCUUUAGCACGCUCGUCAACCGAAAUU